AUUUGAACUGGUUCAACGGGCGGCUAGUCCAUUCUGCUGUAUUGUGUCUUCACUUUCUAUGUGUAACCCUAAAAAUAUUGUAAAUUCAGUUUGUGACUUGUGUAGGACACAACUGUAGCUCUUGAUAAAAUCACCUAGCGUGAGACUGAAGGGUUAAAACUUCCCUCGUCAUUAAUCUGCGACAUUUAUAUGAACUAUAUUGCCAGAAACACUUAAACUUGUUUAGAUGUUCUAGAUAAAUUUUGUGUCUAGGCUUGUAUUCUAUGCGCGGGUUAUGAAAUCUUCAAAGAAUGGGUGGCUUAACUAUAAGAAAAUCAGGAUGCAUACCACCAAAAUUUAUACGCUUGCCCAGUGGAAAAUUGUUUGAUUGUGGUCGCAAAGUGCUGGUUCAUAAUAUCACAGAUUUGCAGUAUGUAUGCUCUCGCUUAAAUAUCUCCGAAGAUCAGAAGUUUUUCAUUCUUACUGAAUAUAACGGUGAAAAAUGCCUCGUUCCUAUUUUUUACCCCCACCACCCUAAUAGUCUUCAUAACAGAACUUCAAAACUUUUAAUCGCAUAUUAUUUAUGCGAACAGUUCCAUCUCAAAUGUAUUCAGCUAGACAACCCACAGGAUCUUGCUGAUAUCAAAUUGGUCAGUGAUGUCGUCAUUGCAAAUAAGAAUCAGCUAAAUACCAGUGAAGAAGACUCAAAAGCACUAGAAGACAUUUUAAAUUCUGAAGAAUUGUUCACACGACUGUUAAGUGUGCUUUUGAGUAUUCCUGAGCUUACUACUCAAUGGGUACAUGUGAAAGAUCAGAAAGGACAAUUAUACCAGAUUGGAAUUAAUAGAGAUGGAUUAAUCAUUCAUCAAGAAUUUGUUGAAUCUUUAUCAACACGUUUCAGUUGGCAAGAUUUGGGCAAUGCUAUUGCUAAUCGUUCAAUUGUAACACUUCCAAUAUCCAUGAAUUCAGAAAACGCAGAAAAAUUGAUGGAUUUUAUUGAUAUAAAGAGUAGCACUAAAAUGAAAAGUGCGUCAAAUAUGUCUAAUCCAAAGGAUCAUAUAAAUAAUUCACAGUCUAUCGAAAAUGAUAAAAACACUUCACAACAAUAUAUUCUUAAAUUUCGAUUAUCUGAUGCCAAAAUCGCUCAACGAUUAGCUUUACAAUUAUACACAAUAUGCAAUAGAGUGAUAAAAGAGUCAAAUAAUAAUAAUAAUAAUACAAGGAUACAAUGCAAUGAUGUCGAGAAAGAGGAAGAUGAAAGCACUACUCCCGGUAUGCUGACACGAUUUAAUCGACAAUUUCGUGAUACGUUUAGAUGUUUUUCAAGACCAUUUAAUAUGAAAUCGAAAGUACCUAAACGUAAACCGUGUUCAACACUACUAGAUCCAAAUACAACUACACAAGAUGUUGAUAAUAAUAAUAAUAUCGAGGUAACUAUAACUGUUCAGCCAUCUUCUGUAUCUGAUCAUACUCUGCUAACUUAUAGCAAUGUAUUACCGAUGUCGACUACUGGCAUACCUACUACCAGUGUUGCUUUUGUUACAAGUAGUAUUAGUAGUAACAGUUGUUGUAUAACAGUGAAAUCUUCAGUUCAUGAUAAUGUUGAUGAUGAAAAUCUUAAAAAAUGUUCAUAUUCUCCUAUGUAUUCAUCUGUUCAAAUAAACUCACCUACAAUUAUUACUACUAAUCAAUCAUCUAUCACAGCUACUACACAUACAACAUUUAUAUCAAAUUCCAAAUUGAAUCAGCAAAACAUUAUCACGACGAAUUCUGAAAAAAUACCAGUAGUUGUGGAACCAAUUGAAGUAGCUGCUGGUGAAGCACAAGCAGAAUUAAAUGAACUUGAUAAACAAGUUUUACAUUCAUUACUAAUGAAUAAAUCUUCAACGAUUGUUUCCUCUGUACCUGUUAACAAUUUCUCGUACACCAUCGCUAAUACUUCAAUGAUGACAACGACAACACCCAUGAAAUCCAUUUCAAAUGAAUUAUCUUCACCUCAGUUAUCGUCAUUCAAUAAUUUAUCAUCUGUUGCUAUGAAUAAAUCAAAUUCAACAUUUCAUAAAGAACCGUUAAACAUCAGCCCCAUGAUAAAUACUACGAUAACAACAUCAGGGGCAACAACAACUACCAAUGAAGAUAAUUUGUCAAAACAAUAUACAAAUGAAAGUAUCUUUUCAUCAUCGACAAUUCCAACAAAUGGUAAUCUUGCUACAUUUUCACAUUCAUCAUCUUCAGUACAUACUGAAAUGUCAGAACAGAAGAAUUUUAUCACAUCAGCCAUCAAUUCUAAUGUUACUAAUACACACUUUGUACAAUCGAAAUUGGAUACAAUCGUUGUAGAAAAAAAGAUUUCUGAUGAUGAAAAUUUGAAUCUUCAGGCUACUUCAGAGCAUGUUAGUUGUGUCACUGGAUCAUCUAUAAAACCUGUUAUAGCACAUUCUGUCAGUGUGGUUUCUGCUAAAAACAAUGUUGCUUCAUCAGUCGAUGUCAAUAAUAAUAAUUAUAACAUCCCAGAUUUUCAAAAUGUCAAUUCAUAUAACGAUCAUAAUGUCAAGUCUACAGUUAGUCACGCCACAAGUUUAUACGCUCCACAACCAUAUACAACAGUUAAAUCCGAUACGAAUAAUAAUAUUUUAAAUGAUAUAAAGCCAACUUUAAACGGUUUCAAACAUGUAAUGGAAGAUGAUUCUCGCAAGAUUGCUCAUACUACUUCACCUUCAACUAUAUUAACUUCUGAUUCAUUCCAAUCGCGUAUUAAACCACCUUCGUUUACUGUAAAAACAUCAGAUUUAAACAAAAUAAGCACUACAAAAGUAACUUCUACUACCGUUAAAGUUGAUGAAUCUUUCAGUUCCAACCAUGUAACACAUAAUAAUAAUGAUAAUAACACAAUGUCCGAUUCAUUUCAUACUCCAGAAAGUAUAAAAAAUCAUAAUAAAAUAGAUUCUCCCGAAGUAAGUUAACUUUUCAUGCCGAAAAACUGUUUCAAUCAAUUAAUGCUCAACUGUCAAAUAUAUUAUAUCGUGAUAUUCUGUUUGAACUUCACUUUUAAGGACAUUUAAAAAUCGAUAACAACAUGGCAGUAUGUAUUUCCCUCCCUCACAGAGUUUGAUCAAUUACGAUCAUUAACGUCACAAACAGGAAAAUACAAACCGUUAGAAAUAAACUUCACACCCGUCCCGCAAGCUAGUGGAUAUCAGGACUCAGUAGUUCAGGAGAUAACUCAUUGAAGCCAAUAAUCGUUUGGUCAGUUCUCGUUAUCAAUCAAUGGUUACAUAGGAAAAAAGCUGUAAAUAGUAGUUAAUAUAUGGAUAACCACAAUUCCUGCAUUUGUAUUUGGCUGAAGUUUGUUAAUUAAGCUGAUGAAUUGAUUUCGAAGAGAUAUUUAGAAUUAAAAAUCAAAAUGACGUAAUUUUUUUGUUCAAUCAUGUUAUUUACUUCAAGCCUUGGAAUCAUGUUUACAGUGACUUAUUAGAUACAGUAAUCUACUUAAAAAUAGAAAAUGAUUACACCAUGUAAAUUGUUUAAAAAUAUCAAGUAAUAGAUGUGAACUGUGCAGCAAUCUAUAGGUAACGAAACUAGAAUUUAUGGAAGACUUUUUGCCGAUACUUAAUUGACCUUGAGAAGCUUCAAUCAUUUAUCAAGUUCAAAACAGGAAUAUAAAUUUACGUAAACAAUUAAGACUAUGACUUUGCAUUAUAAGUUAUUCUUAGGAAUUAGAGUUAGGGUUUUCAUCGCGAACUGACAUCUAUAAUGCUAAAACAUUAAUUAACCAUAUGGAGACUGAAUUUCGCACAAAGUCCAAGUUUCGCUAGCUUAAAUCCGAUUAGUUCGUCCAUAGAUUAUGGUCCGACCGAUUCAUAGUACAAUGAAAUAUCUCACAUGCUGCUUUUACACAGACAGUUCAAACUAAAACCAUUGGAUUACUACGUUCUCUGUAUUCCACAAAAUUUCUAUUUACCUAUUAUUUUUCAAAUAUCCACUAAUCCAAAACUGUGUGGAAGGUGACAUUACAAAGUUUAACAAAUUGAAAUAUUUUCUCAACGAUUUUGCAAUUUAUUCUUUCUGGUUUACUAACAUAUUAUCAUCGAAAAGAAAAUUUUCUUUGUUAAAUCAUCUUUAUUUCUUCACUGGUAUGAUGAUUCUCUUUCAUUAUUGUAAACUUAUUUAUUAUUUAUUAAAGUUAGUUUUAGUUAUAAACCAACAAGAUUGGUACCCAGCAAUUUGCAUGAAAAUCUGAGACUUUAUCUCAACUAUCGCUUCAGUUAAAAACACAUUUCCUCUUUAUUUUACAUUAAGUUGAUUCAAUCUCUCCAUAAAAACCAACCAUAUAAUUCUGGUGCGUUUAUAACUUUGUAAAAACUUGUUACAACUGUACGUGUACAUUUGUGAAAAACGAUGACAUAAUUUUUGGCGGUAGAUUAGAUAGCAAUUUAUACAAUGUUUCUUUGUUAAUCAUAUUAUUCCUUUUUUUCGUAGAAGAACAAUACACCGAGUACACCACCCGUCGUAUGCUCUGCGUCAGUUAGUGUAACUGGAAUUCGUCCACCAAGUGGUAUUAAAGCUCCAUCUAUUACCCCAGAUAAAAUGAAGUCUAGAAUUACUACUAACGGACAUACCAAUCCUAGUGCCAUCGACACAUCAGUUGUGUCUACACCUGAUGAUGAUAUGACGCAUAACAAAAAACAAAUUCCUACAAGCGUUGAACCAACCUGCGAAUUGAUAAAAAGACAAGAAUCAAUUACAGAGGAUAGUUUAGAACAUCCUAGUGGUUUACCUAGACCUCUAGGAAUUUCACCUUCAUCUCAUGGUAAAGUUCAAUCUAAGCUUCGACCUUUAUCAGGAAAUUCACCGAUCGCCAAUUCUGGUAUACCUGCACCGUCUAUAAUGCCACCCCUUGUUAGUGGACAAUCUCAUAUGCCUGUACCGAUGAAUAAUACUUCUAUUCCUCUGCCUAGUGGAAUAAAACCACCAUCUCGUUCAUCAAAGUCUGCAUUAGCUAAGUGAUAACAAUAUUUAAUUAUAAUUAUCUGACAUAUAACAUUCAAUGAUCCAGAAAAGAAUCAAGUAAUAGAAAGUCUUCUAAACAAAAUUGGUUACAAGAUACAUUUCAAUUUGUCUUGUUUUUCCUUUUAUUUAGUUAUCAUUCUUCUUUCUGAACAACACUCUUUAAGCAAAAUUCCAGUAUUGUUUAUUUAUUCCCUAAUUGUUCUGAUCUUCCUUUAGUCCUUCCUUUUUAAUAACGAUAAUAUUUAUCAACUGAUUUUUCUAAUGGUAUACACACUGUGUUUUUUUUCGUUUCUUUAACUUUAUUAUUCCGUUUGUUUAUUGUCCUUCUCUCUUUUUUUUCUUUAACUUGAUCAUUUUAUUGAAGAAAAAUAUUGAUUUGAAGUUUAUAUCAAUAUCCCCUUACAGAUAUUUAAUGUGCACUAAAGAAAAUUAUUUUCAGUCAAAAUGGUGGACUAUUUAUACAUUAACAUGAAACAGAGAAAAUGGCUUCCUAGUUGAACAAUGAAGUCAUUUCAUAUCGUGUCUAUGAGAAAUUAUUUUACAGAAUAUAAUCAAUAUCAUAGUACUACUGCACAUUUCGAGUAUUUCUCAGAAUUAAAACAUUGAUUUAACCUUUUUUUCAGUUCACUUUCUCUUGUGAACCAGAAUAUUUUCAUUAAACCUUAUUACUUAUUCGUAUAUACAGAUUUCUUUGUUUGUGCGUCGCAUGUGCUCUCUUUCGUUAUGCAGCGAUUGUAUAGACAUCUUUUUGAUUUUGAAAUUACAUUAAUCUUCUCUAAAGGUGUGUGUGCUCUGGAUUCCUUUUUUUACAAAAAAAAUUCAGAUAAACUAUUGAUCACUGGACGAACUUUUUUUUGCUUUUCUGUUCUUAAUAAUCAAUUUGUCAAGUUUGACUACUUCUAUUCUGAAACAUAUAAGAUAAUUUUAUGCCUUCGAAUCCUAAUACCUAUUUUAGAUGUUUACAUUUUAAUUUUAAAAGCAAAUAAACUUGAUCAGUAUUCUUUUAUUUUGUUUGUUUCACACUAACAAACUCGAAAACUUUUUCGACGGCACCAUUUUUUAUUCGUCAUCGAAAUCCGUUGCAAAUUGCUUUUUUUUCUUGCAGCUUUCUUUGUCAGUGUCAUCUGAUCGUUUCUGAUCACAUUUCAAUUUCGAACUGUAUUCCUUUUUUUCCUUACGACAUAUGUUCACCAUAGAUUGUGUUAUUUUCUGUUUCUCUAAGUGAGCUUAUGGGAAUUCGAUUUACAAACAGAUUUAACAAAACAAUAGGAUGAUUUUGUUCACAUUCUAUCAGUAAUUCAUUUUCUGUUUAAAAAGUAUUAUUGACUGAAAUUAUUUUUAGCUCCUAUGAGUCCACAAAUUGUGCACUAUGAAUAAAACAUAUAUUCAUUGAAGUUGGUUUAUUGUCCAAAUAUAUGAAUUAAAUGAUACU